GCCACCAAGCUAAAGCCAACUCAUUUCAUUUUUCCAUUACAUUUAUUCAGCAAGACAAAAAAAGCCAUGGGCCGGGCGGUACGAAACACGCGCAUCCCAAGGCACAGCGUGACCUACAAGGCGCUGAACCAGUUCCGCAACACCACUGUGCACUUGAUACACACGCACACGAAGCGCGGCUCCUACGACACCGCCAGCCGACUGCUUCUGUCCACCAUCAACGGAGCACGCGCGCCCUUGCAGCGAAUCUGGCAGCCCUUCCUGGACACGCUCCGGCAGCAGCAGCCAGCACGGUCCCUGGCGCCGUACCUCGACCUGAUGCAUACCGUCACGCACACGCAAUGGCCACAGCUAUGCAUGUUUGAGCGCAUAUUCCUCGAGAUUCUCGAGCUCGGGUCGAUGCGGCGGGCAUACGAUAUUAUGACUGUGUUUGUGCAGGAGGCCGGCAGCGGCAGCGCCAUGGCCCAUGCAUUGUAUGGGCUUCUGACCGUGAGCCUGCGCGAGGACGAGCUGCAGCUGCGGACCAAGGUGAAGGGCGAUCUGGAGCGAAUCCAGGGCUGCCUGCCGCUGGCCAAGGAGGAUGUGUGGACCAGCACGAGGUUCACGCUGAUGGACGCCGAGUCACAUUUGUUCAGGGCGCUGCAGAUCGACCCUGACUGCGAUUUCGUCAAGCCGGCGUAUGUCCAGGUACUAGUGGCGCUGGGCAGGCAGGAGGAUGCCGAGGCGUUUGUGGCAAAGUGGCUGGAGGAUGACCAGAGCUUGCUGGCGCGCCGGGCGGCGAUGCAAAUGGGCCAGGUGGGCUUGGAGAGCGCGCUGGACUACAUCCAGGCAGAUCCGUUUGCUCUGUCGGCGGACAGAUUCAGUGGGAUCAUCAAAGAGGCCCUGCACAAGCCUGAGGAUAUCGACCAGGACGUUCUCAAGAGGAUGAUCCGGGUGGUCGUUGAUGCUAUUGAUGUGGGCAACAGCCAGGACAAGUUUGCGUGGAAGUGCCUGGCAAGGCUCUUGGCGCACUUUUCGGCAACAGAUCCAUGCGAGCGCGACCGCGCUAUAGACGGCGUGUGGGAGUGCUGGAUGAGCACGCAUCUGUGCUCGCACAGCUUUGUGUUUGGCAAGAAGCCGUCGCACAUGCAGGUGUACAAGGCGGUGUGCCUGAAUCACCUGUCGGAUCUGUCGCCAGACCACCCAGCCCAGCUCCUGCUCUGCAACAGCAACCUGUCCAGAAAGCAGCUAAGGUUUGCCAAGCAAAACUUGCAGGAAUUGUAG